ACCUAUUUUGUGAGUGUGGCCUUAUCUAUCCACUACACUUUCUCUAUCCCUGCCUCCCUCCCCUAGACAUACAUAUUCCUCCCUGCUUAACCACCGCCGUCUUCGCUUCCGCCACCGCCGAAGCGAGAUGGCUUGCUCUUCUUCCAUCAUAAGCGUCUCCUCCAUCUACCACCACCACCAACACCCAAGACCCACCUCUACUCCUCCGCCUCCACUCUCCCUCCCCUUCGCCGCCCAUUUCCGCCCCAAGCAGCUCGGCCACGGCGUCUCGAUUGUUGCUUCGGCGGUUGCGACAUCGAAUUCUUCAGUAUUGAGCGAAGAGGCAUUCAAGGGACUCGGCGGGUUCGGUCAAGACUCUCUGGAUGUCAGGGAUUACGACUCCGAAACUGAGGUUUCCAAGUUGUUGUCUGGAGAUGGUGGUGAAGACGAACUUGCUGUUUCCAAUUUAGGUCUUCCACAGAGACUCGUUCAGUCUCUCGAGAAUCGAGGGAUUACACACCUUUUCCCUAUUCAAAGAGCCGUGCUUGUACCGGCUUUGGAAGGUCGAGAUGUUAUUGCUCGCGCAAAGACUGGGACAGGGAAGACAUUAGCCUUUGCAAUACCGAUACUUAAACAGCUUACUGAAGAUGAAAGAAGUUCUCAGAGGCGUGGACAACUUCCUAGAAUGUUGGUCCUUGCACCCACUAGGGAAUUAGCAAAGCAAGUAGAGAAAGAGAUCAAAGAGUCUGCACCAUAUUUGAAUGCAGUUUGUGUCUAUGGAGGAGUUUCUUAUAAUACACAGCAGAAUGCACUUUCCCGUGGAGUUGAUGUGGUGGUGGGAACUCCGGGUAGAAUCAUUGAUCUAAUCAAGAGUGACAGCUUGAGACUGGGUGAAGUUCAAUAUUUGGUCCUUGAUGAAGCUGAUCAAAUGCUUGCAGUUGGAUUUGAGGAAGAUGUGGAAGUGAUUUUAGAAAAGCUUCCAGCAAAGAGGCAGAGCAUGCUUUUCUCAGCAACUAUGCCUGCUUGGGUAAAGAAAUUGGCAAGGAAAUACUUGGACAAUCCUUUGACCAUUGAUUUGGUUGGUGACCAAGACGAAAAGUUGGCAGAGGGGAUCAAGAUGUAUGCCAUACCGACCACUUCAACUUCAAAGCGUACUAUUCUUAGUGAUCUUGUAACGGUCUAUGCGAAGGGUGGGAAGACCAUUGUUUUCACACAGACAAAACGUGAUGCAGAUGAAGUCUCAAUGGCAUUGACAAGUAGUAUUGCUUCAGAGGCACUGCAUGGUGACAUAUCGCAACACCAGAGGGAGAGGACAUUAAAUGGCUUUAGGCAAGGGAAAUUCACCGCACUUGUUGCUACUGAUGUUGCAGCUCGGGGGCUUGAUAUCCCCAAUGUUGAUUUGAUUAUCCACUAUGAACUACCCAAUGAUCCAGAGACUUUUGUGCAUCGCUCUGGUCGCACAGGACGAGCAGGAAAAGAGGGUUCAACUAUUCUAAUGUUCACCAGUAACCAGAGGAGAACAGUCAGUUCUCUUGAGCGUGACGUUGGGUGUAAGUUUGAAUUUAUUAGUCCACCAUCUGUUGAAAAGGUUUUGGAGUCUUCAGCUGCGCAAGUGGUUGCUACCCUUAGUGGAGUUCAUCCCGAGUCUGUGGAGUUCUUCACCCCAACUGCACAAAAGUUAAUCGAAGAACACGGCACUGGUGCCCUUGCUGCUGCAAUAGCACAGCUGAGUGGUUUUUCCCGACCUCCAUCAUCCAGGUCUCUUAUUACACAUGAGCAGGGAUUGGUAACAUUGCAGCUGACACGUGAUUCGGGUCUUUCUAGAGGGUUCUUGUCUGCUAGAUCUGUCACUGGAUUCUUGUCAGAUGUUUAUCCUUCUGCCGCUGAUGAAGUUGGAAAAAUACACUUAAUUGCAGACCAAAGGGUUCAAGGAGCAGUUUUUGAUCUUCCAGAGGAGAUCGCAAAAGAGCUACUGAAUAGACAGAUACCACCAGGAAACACUAUUUCCAAAAUUACUAAGUUGCCUACUUUGCAAGAUGAUGGACCUCCAAGUGAUUACUAUGGAAAGUUUUCUAACAAGGAUAGGAGUUUCCGGGGAGGUUCAAGGGAACAAAGAGGUUUCAGAAGCUCACGUGGUCGGGGUCAGGGUUGGGGUCGGGGUCGGGGUCGGGAUUCUGACGAUGAUGAGGAUGUGUUUGGUUUUAGGCAUGGUGGUCAUGGUAACAACAGCGCUCGGAGCUCAAGAGACAGUGGAAAUGAUUGGCUAAUAGGUGGUAGGCAAUCUUCUGGGCGGUCAUCCUUUGGAAAUAGGGACAGAAGCUUUGGUGGUGCAUGUUUCAAUUGUGGGCGGUCUGGCCAUAGGGCAUCAGAAUGCCCCACCAAGAAGCAAAGCUAUUAGUUUUCGUGCCCUGUGCUGCUGCACCAGGUUUCCUUCAACUGCUUGUAAACAGAUGAGAGAUAACUUCUGUAACUCCAGCCACUUUUGCAACUGCUGCUGAGCAUUGACGUGAGAUACUGUGUCUCAAGUAGAGAGACCGUUUGAGAGGUCUGCAAGGUGGAAAAAAAGCUCCUGUGAAGAGUUGCAGACAAGCAGCUUCUGUGUCAUCUCCUGCAAACCUCACUUCACCAACCUCAUCUCCCAAUUUAUGUGAUAUUAUUGACAGGCCAAUUAUUUUGAUGUUUAAUUGGCUUCUGACCUUAUUUAAUGUUUGUGUGUUUUUGUUCUUUGCUUUUUCCUGCCAUUGGUUUUAACCCUAUGUAGACCUCAGUUUCAUUUCUAUAGAGCUGAUUUCAUUCUGCCAUGCAGACUC